UUGCAAGGGAACACGUCUCCUCGCACAGUCCGUAGAGUGUUACGUGCUUGUCACUUAGCGCCUCGAAAAGUGAACGUGUUAGGGGUUGUUUCGUAAUGUUGAAGUGGACAGUGCUGAGUCAAAGACCCGGUCAUAUGGAAACUCCUAAACGUGUGCCGAAAAGACGGAGGAGUUUAACAUCCAGUAACAAAGAAUAUCUAAUAACUUCAACGCCAGUCCAGAAAAUGUUGCCAUUGGAUAAGUCUGUCUUAGAAAUAACGGCAGAUGAAAAUACUCAACAGAUGAUCAUCAGUCAAAAGGCGCCUGAAGUUUAUGCAUCGACACUUCCGAAAUAUUCAGAGGAUUACUCGCCUAGCCCCAAAAUUAAUUCGGGUCAAAUGUUAGCUAUGCGAGGAUUACUACCUGACGUGUACUUGGAAAACCCACGAUAUUUAUCCAAGGACUUUCGACCUACGGACGAACAAGUUACAACAAAGGACAAAUCGACUUUCAACUCCUCCAAGAUGGGCGAUCAUACCCUGGAUAAACUGAUCGACGCAAUCUUAGAAAGUGGAAAGAAAAGCAUUAAAAGAAGUACAAGACGAACAAUGAAUCUAAGAAGAAGAACGUUGUUGAAAACCACAUCAAAUUCUGAAGUCUUGUCCCCUUCCUAUACAGCUGCCGAUGAUCCUGCUAGUGAUUUAAGUUUUAGCGAAGAGGUUAGCCACAAACGGAAACUAUCCAGCCCUUUCAAUUGUGGCGGCUCUGGGAAAAAAAGGAUAACCAGGGCGAGUAGCCCCCGAGUUUGUAAACAGAAUAGUUACAGUGAUUCAAAUUAUUUUGAAGUAGGGCUGGCAAUGCCUUCUAUUUAUGUUUAG